AUGAAGUUGAAUUCUGAUUUUACCUGGCCAGGCCAAAUUCCCGAGCAGCCAUUCCAAAUUGACAAGUCAAUGGUAGAUAAACUCGACCCCGAAUACAUUAAGUUUUUCAAUUCUAGUCUUUCUAGCAGACCUGAAAUUUUGUAUACACAUAAAGUGCCUUUAGAUGCGCUUAGAAAGGGAGGAAAUGUUCUUCCAGGUCAAUCUUCAUUGGUGGAAAUGAAAUCGACCCAGGAUAUACAAAUUCCAAGAAAAUACACUAAAGCCAGUGAUCCACCUAUCCCAGCUAGAGUAUUUACCCCAAAGGGCGAUAAGCCCGAGAAUGGUUGGCCAGUUACAAUUUGGUUUCAUGGAGGAGGGUGGGUUCUAGGUAAUAUUUCGACCGAAAAUUCAUUCUGCACCCAUAUAGCUGAACUUUCUAAGUGCAUUGUUAUUAGUAUUGACUAUCGAUUAGCUCCCGAAGAUCCAUUUCCAGCGUGCGUAGAAGAUGCUUUUGAAUCCGUGUUGUACAUUUCAGAAAUGGGUGGACCUGAUUUCGGAAUCGACAAUUCCAAGAUUUGUCUUGCUGGUUCCUCAGCUGGAGGUAACCUCACUGCAAUAAUAUGUCAUAAAUUUGCCAGUUCACCAAUAGCCCAGAAUUAUCCCAACAUUAAAUUUCAGGCAAUGGUUGUGCCUGUGACAGAUAACACUGCUACUCCCCAGACGCUACCAUCCUGGAAGGAAAAUGAAUUCGCUCCCCAAUUGCCAGCGGAGAAGAUGCUAUGGUAUAGAGAACUCUACUUACCAAACGGUGGAGAAGACUUGACUAACCCAGAAUCAAGUCCAUUAUUCUAUCCAGAUGACAGCUUUGAAGGUCUUCCUGCGGCUUUCAUUGCGGCUGGUCAAUGCGAUGUGUUGAGAAGUGAUGCAGAGUUAUAUGCAGACAAGUUGCAAAAAAACGGUGUUCCAACUAAGUUAGUGGUAUACAAGGGUAUGCCCCAUACUGUCAUGGUAAUGGAUGAUGUCUUGCAACAAGGAAAGGAUUUAAUGAAAGAUCUUACGUCUGCAGUUAGAAAUGCAUUUUAUAGUUAA